AUGGUGGAGCUGGUGGCCACGCGUGCCGAGUGCACCGCAUCUACCGCGCUCCGAUGCGAGGUGAGCGCGCUCCAGUGGAGCCCCACCAACGGUGCGCUCGCUUGCGGCGGCUUCGACGGCCGCGCGCACCUCCUCAAGCCGUCCGGAGAGCUCCUCGGCGUCAUCCCCCAGGCCCCCGAGGACGUCGCCGAGGCGAACGGAGCGAUCAACGCGCUGGCGUUCAGCAAGGGCAGCCGCUACCUCGCCACCGGCGGCGCCGACGCCGAGGUGGUCAUCUGGGACCUCAAGCGCAAGUCAAAGCUCAAGACCCUGUCCGGGCACGUCGACGAGGUCAACGCCGUCGUCUACUCGCCCGGCGAUCAGCACGUGGCGUCGGGCGGCGCUUCGGGCGCCGUGCUCCUGCACUCGCCCGUCUCGGGUCUCGCGGUGGGCGAGAUGCGCGUCGUAUCCGACGUCCCGGACGCCGACGGCGGCAUCACCAGCCUGCACUACUCCCCGCACCGGCGGCAGAUGCUCGCGAGCUCGUCGAUGGACGGGAGGGUCCAGCUGUGGGACACCGGGAUACGUCGGCUGGGUCAAAACUUGCAGGCGGCGGCGGGCGCGUCGCCGUGCUGGCAGGCGUCCUUCUCGCCAACCGCGUCCGGCCUCGUCGCCGCCGCGUGCGGCGACGGGCGGGUCACCUUGCUCGACGUCAACGCCCCGGGCGCGUCCAAGGGCGUCGGGUCCAUCGCGCUCGGCGCCGAGGCGAGGUGCUUGUCGUGGCGAAGCGACGGCGGCGUCAUCGCGGCGGGCGCGGCGGAUGGCCGGGUCGUGUGGAUCGAUCCGAGGAUGCUGUCGUCCUCACUCGGGGCCGGGUACGGCGGCGCGGGGAGCGCGGUGCUGUACACGACCGCCGCACACGUCGGCGCCGCGCGGAGAGGCGGCGUGCGCGCCGUCCGGUGGCAGCACGCCGCCGACGGUGGCGCGGCGGCGCAGCUCGCGGCGGCUGGCGAGGCGACCACGCCGACGCCGAUGCGCGCGACGCGGCCGGCGCCGUUCGCGUCCACCCCGGCAUCUUCCGAUUUGGGACGCGAUCUCGCGUUUCCGUCCCCGGCGGUGGCGCUGCCGACGGGUAAGGAGAACGUGGUGGAUCCGGGUCGGAUGGAGGCGAUGAAGGAGGAUUCUCGGCGCCGUGUCGAACGGUUGAUGUCGGCGCGGGCGGCGGGCGGGACGCCCGAGUCGGUAGCGGCGGCGGCGAGACCGAGCCUCGGGGACGAUGUCGCCGCGUCGCCGCUCGCGCUGACGCCUUUGCAGGCGAGGGUCGGCGGCGGGUCCGCGCACCACGAGCCGCUCGGGUCGAUGGCGUCCUUGCGGGAGAUGCUGCGGGAGAUGGCGGCGGAGCAGCUCGAGGAGCAGCGGCGAAUGAUUCACGCGGAGGUUAGAAACGUUCACGUCGAGCUCAUCAAGCAGUUUCAUACUUUGCAGGAGGAGCAGAUCGCCAUGUUCGAGGAGCUGAGGGGCGCGCAGAGGGAGCUCGCGAAAGAGGUGGCCGCGCUGAAGAAAUCUCAGGGCGAGUUCGUCAGGCGGUGA